UCGUCCUAAAAGAAGUGACACUUUGAAAAGACCCGUGGAUCCUGUGACCCAAAAGCCAGUCCAUCAUUAUUAUCCGCUCCGCGUCUGUUCCCUGAAAUCGACUCUAAGCGGGUUUGUGCGUCCUCUCUGGUGACUGGCGGUGGCUGAGUGCGCCGCCCUGAACGCGUCGGUGCAGUUUGAGUUUGAGGAGCCCAUCAGCUCGGACCACAUCUCAGAGUCUGGACGCGGGCCAAGCCUGUCUGGUGUCAAACCAGCCUGAACAGAUACUCUCAGACAUCUCAUUUCUUCACCUCAUUCCUGAGACGAGGCUCUGCCCACCCCUUGUGUAAAGCAAUUUAAACCUGAUAGCUCAUCAUCCCCACUGAAAAUAUUUGCCGGACUAUUAGACAGCCGCCCUCCGCUGCUCUCUUCCUCACAGGCGUCUUUGCCGCGGAGGAGCCGCAGAGUCCGUCAUGGCUUUACGCGCGUCCCCCGUCCGUCCCGCGGCGAUGCGCUUUUAAUCCAGACCUGAUUCGGAGACUUCUCUAAUGUUUUCUAUUUUCCUUCCAUCCGUGGAAAUGCUCCGUCCAGAUCCAUAAAGGACCAAAGUUUGGUUAAUAUGAACUUACUGCCAAGCGGAGUAUGUUUUUGUUUAUGUGUAGGAAUCUGCUGGCUGACGGCCGAGGUCGAUGCGUCCUGGUGGUACAUGGGCACCUUGGGCUCUCAAGUGAUGUGCGACAACAUCCCCGGCCUGGUGAACAAGCAGCGCCAGCUGUGCCGGCAGCACCCAAAGGUGAUGCAGGCCAUCGGGGCCGGGAUCAAGGACUGGAUCUCAGAGUGCCAGCACCAGUUCCGCAGCCACCGCUGGAACUGCAACACCACAGCCAGAGACCACAACCUGUUUGGACGCCUGCUGCUGCGCAGCAGCCGCGAGGUGGCCUUCAUGUACGCCAUCUCCUCGGCCGGCGUGGUUUACACUCUGGCGCGAGCCUGCAGCCAAGGCGAGCUGGACUCCUGCUCCUGCGAUCCCACCAAGAAGGGCUCGUCGCAGGACGCCAGGGGCUCUUUUGACUGGGGCGGCUGCAGCGACCACGUGGAGCACGCCAUGCGCUUCAGCCAGACCUUUGUGGACGCCAAAGAGAGGAAGGAGAGGGACGCCCGGGCGCUCAUGAACCUGCACAACAACCGAGCCGGCAGGAAGGCGGUGAAGCGCUUCAUGACUCUGGAGUGUAAAUGUCACGGCGUCAGCGGGUCAUGCAGCGUGCGGACCUGCUGGCUGGCCAUGGCCGACUUCCGGCGCACCGGCGACCACCUUCGCAAGAGGUACAACGGCGCCGUGCAGGUGGCCGUUAACCAGUACGGCACUGGCUUCACCGCCGCGCACACACACUUCAAACGACCCAGCAAGAAUGACCUGGUGUACUUCGAGGACUCGCCGGACUACUGCAUACGGGACCCUGAGUCAGGGUCCAUGGGGACGGCGGGUCGCGUCUGCAACCGGACGUCUCGAGGUGUCGACGGCUGCGAGGUGAUGUGCUGCGGUCGAGGCUACGACACGUCGCGGGUCAGCCGGACCACCAAGUGCGAGUGCAAGUUCCACUGGUGCUGCGCCGUGCGCUGCCGAGACUGCCACCUGCAGGUCGACGUGCACACCUGCAAGGGCCAGACGUGACCGCCGGCCCUCGAACUGGUCACCCUGUGGGAACUACUGCGUCUGCGGCGGACUGCGGCUUCUCCACCCGUCGGGAGGAUCUUCUGACUCUCGGCCCUCAUUUCUCUGCGCUUCCCCAAAAAAGCUCACCUGCCGGUCGAACGGUACGCCGCAGUCUGAGCGUCUGCAGGGGGCGCUCUUUUCCCUGCUGCUCUUCAUCCCUAAACGAAACGAGACUGGCUGCUGUCUGCUGAUCGGAGCACAACAUGGAAAAGCCUUCACCGACACCUUAAAUGAGUAGUGAGCUGAACAUUUAUUUAAACAAAAUCCAGUUCACACUGCGACUGCUUUCUACAGCGAAACCUGGUUUUCCGCUGCCGCUUCAGGCUCCUGUAGGAACUGACGCUUGUGACAGAAAUAACGUAAAGCUUAAACAGUCUACUGUAAGGCUGUCAAAACUCUGGAUUUCAAGCCUGUUUUCAACAACUCGUUCUCUCCCAACAUGGCAGCUCAGGCCUGCAAACCCAAAACGCUUUUAACUCAAUUAAAAACCAGUUUCUUAAGCCGUCAUUAGAAGCAGACCCUUGACAUAUGGAAGGUCAGAUGACACCUCCUCCCAGGUGCAGUUGGGUCGACGUCGCCUCCCUCAGGCGAAGCAGCUGCUUCAGUGUUAAAGGGACAGUCCACCCGAAAAUCCAGAACACACGUUUCUCCAGCUUGGGUUUUUUAGAGAUUUGGGGUGAACUGUCCCUUUAUGGUGAGUUGUUGGGGGGAGUGACUGAUAGCACAAUAGCAGCUAAAAUAUAUAUGUAAAAAAAAGAUUUAAGAAGAAAGAGUGUUUCUGGUAAGUGAUAAUUAUGUGUUGCAGUUACUUUCCCUGCCUGUAGGUGGCGACACCAACACGUCUUCACCUGCAGCUGCUGAGCCUUUCACACCUGUGGGUUGGACCAGACCUGCAGGUGUGAAGCAGCAGCUGGGUGACUUUUACUCCACUUUAAUCUGCUCGUUUGCUGCCGUCAAAAGCCUCUGAAACAGUUUUUCAGGUUCGACUCCUUACAGUUCAGCCUGUUGAAGAGAUGACCACCGUCAGUCAACGCCGUGAGGGGAAAUUCAGAAUCAUCACGUCAACCUGCUGUCGACGCAAACCAUCCAUCACGUCUUCACUCCUCUCGCCAUAUUUAUUUACUCUGCCGUGUGUUAAGUCCUGCCUGAUGGGGAAAAAAAAACAGAACCCGUCCUGCCGAUCGCGACUCGUUUGGUCUAUAAAAUCAAAAAACGUGAACAUUUUGCAUCGCAGUUUCCCAACCGACGGUCCAAAACCAACCGAGAACCAGCAAACGUUUGACAAUUCGGACUGAAACGAUUAAUCAAAGAUCAAAUAUGUUGCUGACCAAUUUUCUUUCCACGGACUAAUCGAUUAACCGCUCGGUCGCGUCAACAGUCGGCCCACUCGUUCCGACUCGAGCUCCGCCUGACAGGCCUUUGUUUGUUUGUUUUUGUUUGUGUAAAUAUGUGGUUGUGUAAAUUAAAAUCAGAUGUAUAUCAUAUGGAACCAUUAGGGGUAACCAACAGGCACAUUUAAACCAAUAAGCACGCUUCACUUCCUCCUGCUGCGUAGGCCAAUCACAGGGCAGCAUUUUGGACCGUACCAUCUGCUGGAACAAACACGCUUACUGAAGUUUGUUACAACUCGGUCUUUAAACUGUCAGAUUGUCUUCGUCUGUUGUAACAUUAUGCUCACCGAGUUGCUGCUAACGUGAGAAAACACCCUGAAAUCUUUUGGCGUUUCCUGUUCUUUCGUGACCUUCCCACAUCUGAGCAGUUAAGUAUUAGCUCCCCUGAAACCCCUCUGCAGGGUCGCACAGCAGUUCGUGUUUAGUCUGCAUGGCGAACUGAAGUUACAGUUUUGGAUGUUUGGGUUCUACUUGCCAGGUCAAGUCUGCGUUAACGUUUGAACACAGUGACGUAGGCCGCGUGUUCGCCGCGAUGGAAUCUGGUUUGUGCCUCGAAUGCAGAAUUCAAGUUACUAUCACAGUCAGGAUCAGUUCAGACAAAAGGUGGAUGCAGGUGAAACUCUUCUCCUACCUGUGGAUGAA